AUGGGCGGGCGUGGAGCUCCGGAGGCAACAAGGAGGGUGGUGGCUGUGGUGGGCGUCGUGGUCGCUGCGGCGGCGGUCCUUUGCCCCACCGCGGCUGGGAAAUUAGGCAAACAAGCCAAGGUGCUGGUGGCCAUCAAGGCGGCGCUGCAUGAUCCCGGCAACGUUCUCUGGGACUGGCACCUCAAGUUCGGCAACGACCCGUGCCACUGGAGGAUGGUCACCUGCCAAAAGGGACAAAUUCUAGAGCUGUUGUUAAGCCAUAAUGCUCUUUCUGGCCCUAUCCCUGACACCGUAGGCAGGAUGAAGCUUCUUGAAGUACUUGACCUCUCAAACAAUUAUUUCAGUGGAACCAUCCCAAGUACACUGGGUCAUCUGGCCAAACUGCAUAACCUGAAAUUGAACAAUAACAGCUUAUCUGGACCUAUAUCCGAAUCACUAGCCACUGAUGCUCCCAUGAUCUUCAGCCUGUACUUUCUAUUGACAACCUUCUUUUUAUCAUUGCUGCAUUGUUCUUUGAAUGAAUAUGUCCAGUUCUCACUGGAUGUUUCCUUCAACAGCCUGAGUGGUCACCGGCCGACUUUUCGAACAUGGAAUGUCUUAGGAUUUUCAAGUCAUGAGUAA